UGUCUAUUCUCGGCCUUUGAUUUAUUAAUAAGAUAUGUUCAAGCUAAGGUUUACAGAUGUGAGGUGGUGGGCGUUAAUAUUAACUGUUAAUCUAUUAUUGCAUUGUUGCCUCAGGAAUGUUUUGAUGCUGUGUCUGGACAAUGUUUGGUUAGAUUGUAUUAAUGUUUGGAUAAAACUAUCAAAUGCACACUUUGUUAAUUGCCCUAAGACCUUUAUGGGAACCUGAAUUUAAUUUGAUUUAUUAUUUUGUUGAUUCAGUUCUGACCUUAUGUUUCCUAACUCUGUGUUGCAUUGUUUGAUUUCAGAUUCUCCCUCAGAAGAACCUUCCUUCCUACGUCAGUUUUGAUUAGCAUCAGGAUUUUGGGAAAUGUAUGUUGUUUAAUGGUACUACAUGGAACUUUACCAAUAGCAACUCUUAAGCAUAUGAGACAACAGUGAAUUACUGUAUGCGUAUUUAACAAAUUUAAACAAGUAAAAUUUGUGUUGAAUAUUAGAUUCAUACAUCAGCAGUGAAAUCUGUUUGUAGUCCUUCAAGAUAUUUUACUUAACUUUUUAGCAGAUUUAUUCAGUAAUUAUUUGUAAACAAUUCUGUGUGAAAAUUUGUGAAUUGAACACAUUGUCAUUACAGAACAGGAAAGGACAUAAGGCUAAAAUGAAUCCAAAACAUUCUUUAGAAUUUUCUUUGAAAAGUGAAACUGAAGGUGCAUUAUCACUACCUUCCAUAAAUCAAGAAAAUAGCAACUUGACUGCCUUUAGUGGAACCAGUGAUGGAGACUUUUUGUCUCUGGAUUCAUUGAUAGACAUCAAAAUAGAGCCAGAGGAAUUCUGUGAGUCUAAUGAAGAUGAUGAAUAUUCAUAUGGAAUGAAUUCAAUAGUGAAUGAAAAACAUCCACAAACUUGCAAAAAGAAUGUAAAACAAGAAAGAAGGAUUCGUGACAAUAGAGAGAAGCCUUUAAUAUCCACUGACUGUGAGAAAGCAAUUCACAAGAAAGUUAAUCUUACAAAUAAUAUCACAAAUCCUACCAGAGAGAAAUUCAUAUGCAAUGACUGUGGGAAAGCAUUUUCCUUGAAACAUAAUCGUAUAGUUCAUAUGAGAAUCCAUACGGGAGAGAAGCCAUUCAUGUGCAAGGAAUGUGGGAAAGCAUUUUCCCAGAAACCACAUCUUACAAUUCAUAUGAGAACCCACACGAGAGAGAAGCCAUUCAUGUGCAAGGAAUGUGGGAAAGCAUUUCCCAGGAAAGAUCGUCUUACAAUUCAUAUGAGAACCCACACUGGAGAGAAACCAUUCAUGUGCAAGGAAUGUGGGAAAGCUUUUCCCAGGAAAGCUCGUCUUACAAUUCAUAUGAGAAUCCACACUGGAGAAAAUCCAUUCAUAUGCAACGAAUGUGGAAAAGCAUAUUCCCAGAAACAAAGUCUUAAUUACAUAACUCUGGAGAAAAAAUGCCAUUCAUUUGCAAUGGAAUGUGGAAAAGCAUUUUCCCAGAAACAAAGUCUUAAACUUCAUAUGAGAUUACAUACUGGAGAAAAACCAUUCAUUUGCAAGGAAUGUGGGAAAGCAUUUUCCCAGAAACCACAUCUUACAAUUCAUAUGAGAACCCACACUGGAGAGAAUUCAUUCAUAUGCAACGAAUGUGGAAAAGCAUUUUCCCAGAAACAAAGUCUUAAACUUCAUAUGAGAUUACAUACUGGAGAAAAGCCAUUCAUUUGCAAGGAAUGUGAUAAAGCAUUUUCCCAGAAACAAAGUCUUAAAGUUCAUAUGAGAUUACAUACUGGAGAAAAGCCAUUCAUUUGCAAGGAAUGUGGGAAAGCAUUUUCCCAUGAACUAAGUCUUAAAGUUCAUAUGAGAUUACAUACUGGAGAAAAACCAUUCAUUUGCAAGGAAUGUGGGAAAGCAUUUUCCCAGAAACCACAUCUUACAAUGCAUAUGAGAACCCACACUGGAGAGAAGCCAUUCGUGUGCAAGGAAUGUGGGAGAGCAUUUCCCAGGAAAGAUAGUCUUACAAUUCAUAUGAGAACCCACACUGGAGAGAAUUCAUUCAUUUGCAACGAAUGUGGAAAACCAUUUUCCCAGACUACAAAACUUAAACUUCAUAUGAGAUUACAUGCUGAAGAGGGGGAAAAAAAAAAAGAAAAAAAAAAAAACUAA